UUUCUCCUCACACCCAAACCCUCCAACUCAAAAACCCCAUCCUCUCUCUCUCUCUCUCUCUAUAGAAAGUAAUGGCCGCCAUGGCUCCUCUGCUCUGCAUUGCUUCUCUCAUGGCACUGGCGAGUACCAUUGUAGUCGAGGCCAGAAUUCCUGGUGUUUACACUGGCGGAGCGUGGCAGGGUGCUCAUGCCACCUUCUAUGGCGGCAGUGAUGCCUCUGGAACUAUGGGAGGGGCCUGUGGCUACGGAAAUCUGUACAGCCAGGGCUAUGGAGUGAACACGGCGGCGCUGAGCACGGCACUCUUCAACAACGGUUUGAGCUGUGGAGCUUGCUUCGAAAUCAAGUGCGCGAAUCAGCCUCAGUGGUGCAAAUCUGGCAGUCCGUCCAUUUUUGUCACGGCCACAAACUUUUGCCCUCCAAACUUCGCCCAGCCCAGCGACAAUGGCGGUUGGUGCAACCCUCCUCGCACCCACUUCGAUCUCGCCAUGCCCAUGUUCCUCAAGAUCGCCGAGUACCGUGCCGGCAUUGUCCCUGUUUCUUACCGCCGGGUGCCAUGCCGGAAGCAAGGUGGAAUCAGGUUCACAAUCAACGGCCACAAGUACUUCAACUUGGUUCUGAUCCACAACGUCGCGGGCGCAGGGGAUAUAGUGAAGGUGUACGUUAAAGGGACGAACACUCCGUGGAUGAGCCUGAGCCGGAACUGGGGUCAGAACUGGCAGUCAAACGCCAUCCUGGUUGGACAGUCACUCUCCUUCAGGGUGACAGCCAGUGACCGCCGCACCUCCACUUCCUGGAACAUCGUCCCUUCCAACUGGCAGUUCGGCCAAACUUUCACCGGCAAGAACUUCAGGGUCUAAUUCUUCAAUUUUCCCGCUUUUUAAUAUAUCAUUUUGCUUUUCUUUUUUUUCCUUUUAAUUUUUGGGUUUGGUAAAAGAGAGAAGAGCAAGAAAGUAAAAGCAAUGUUCGAUGGUGGGGUUAAAGUUAAAACUUUUUUUUUUUUUUUUACUGCUGGGUGGAGGAGUGUAAAAAGCUCAAAGCUUCAAAAGUGUUGUUGUAGGCAGCUGAGGUGGCUGGUAGCCCGCUGCUUUGGUUAUCUGAUCCUGAAUAUAUUUAUAAUUAUAUACUUUAAUUUUAGUA